CAAAAAAUCAAACAUAUUAAAUUACAUAAAAUUAAACCAUUACUUUCACUCCUAUCCUAUAUAUAGAUUUCUCUAAACCUUGAAAUGUUCAAAAUCACAACACCCUUUUCCCCUUCACUUUGAAAACACCCCAUUUUCUGACAUUUCCCGACGAAAGGGGGUUAACAUAACCCGCCCCAUCUCUCCUAUUGUCCCCAAAACAUGUCGUCGGAUAAUAAUCAUCAUCGUAAUAGUCCUUCUCAGUAUUUUCAACACUCAUUGGAGCUUAUUGCCGGCGAACUCUCAACAGCCACAGGAGCUUCCCCAACGCUCGGCCAACUACUUAAACACGUUGGUGAUGCAAGGAAAGAAGCCACCGGCGACGAAACUCCUGUCCAUGAAGUCCUCGUCGACGUCACCGAACCGCGCCCCAUACCCUUUGUGCUUUCCUUUAACAACCUUACUUAUAGUGUAAAGGUUCCUCGCAAAAUGGCGUUGCCUGGUUUAUUCAGACGGAGGGGUGGAAGCGCCGCUGCAGAUGCCGCUAUCGUCGGCAACCCACUUGCCGGAGAUAGUUAUUUUACGAGGACCAAGACGUUGCUUAAUGAUAUCUCCGGUGAGGCUCGAGACGGUGAGAUACUCGCUGUGCUUGGAGCGAGUGGUUCAGGUAAGUCGACGCUGAUCGAUGCUUUAGCCAACAGAAUAGCUAAAGGGAGUUUGAAAGGAAACAUUACUUUAAAUGGCGAAGCUUUGGAGUCUCGAAUGUUGAAAGUCAUUUCAGCUUACGUUAUGCAAGAUGAUUUACUUUUCCCAAUGCUUACUGUCGAAGAAACCUUAAUGUUCGCAGCUGAGUUUCGCCUUCCUCGGACUUUGUCGAAAUCUAAGAAGAAAAUGAGAGUUCAAGCCUUGAUCGAUCAAUUAGGCUUAAGAAAUGCAGCCAAAACUGUAAUCGGUGAUGAAGGUCAUCGUGGUGUUUCCGGUGGAGAGCGUCGUCGUGUAUCCAUCGGAAUCGAUAUAAUUCACGACCCCAUUAUUCUUUUCUUGGAUGAGCCUACAUCAGGGCUGGAUUCAACCAGUGCUUUCAUGGUGGUGAAGGUUUUACAGAGGAUAGCUCAGAGUGGAAGCAUUGUUGUAAUGUCAGUUCAUCAGCCAAGUUAUCGUAUUCUCGGAUUGCUUGACCGAUUGAUAUUUUUGUCUCGUGGACAAACAGUUUACAGUGGUUCACCGACGACUCUCCCGCUGUAUUUCUCGGAGUUCGGGUAUCCAAUACCCGAGAACGAGAACAAAACGGAGUUUGCCCUGGACUUAAUCCGAGAACUCGAAGGAUCUCCUGGAGGAACAAAAAGUUUGGUCGAAUUCAACAAGUCAUGGCAAAGCAUGAAGCAUACUAGAGACUCCGAGCCAGAUCGGCUCGGUUUAUCGCUAAAAGAAGCAAUUAGCGCCAGUAUAUCUCGAGGUAAACUCGUCCCAGGUGCUACAAAUGAUGUCAAUUCAACUUCCAUGGUUCCAACAUUUGCAAAUCCAUUUUGGAAAGAAAUGGUGGUAUUGUCAAAUCGAUCCAUCCUAAAUUCAAGACGAAUGCCGGAGUUGUUCGGAAUUCGUUUGGCAGCAGUUCUAGUGACAGGGUUCAUUUUAGCGACAGUAUUUUGGCAACUUGAUAAUUCACCAAAAGGGGUGCAAGAAAGACUAGGGUUUUUUGCAUUCGCAAUGUCGACAACAUAUUACACUUGUGCCGAUGCUCUUCCAGUUUUUCUCCAAGAAAGGUACAUUUUCAUGAGAGAAACUGCUUACAACGCUUACAGGAGAUUAUCAUACGUCAUAUCAAAUGCUUUAGUGACGCUACCGGGCUUGAUUUUGCUCUCGUUUGCUUUCUCCAUGACAACAUUUUGGGCAGUAGGGCUAGACGGCGGAUUAUCAGGAUUCUUAUUCUAUUUCCUAAUUAUGUUUGCUUCGUUUUGGUCCGGAAGUUCAUUCGUGACAUUCCUUUCGGGUGUCGUCCCGCAUGUGAUGUUAGGCUAUACCAUAGUCGUCGCUAUUCUAGCAUAUUUCUUACUCUUUAGCGGCUUCUUCAUCAAUCGUGACAGAAUCCCGGGUUACUGGAUAUGGUUCCAUUACUUAUCCCUUGUGAAAUACCCAUAUGAAGCAGUCUUACAAAAUGAAUUUGAAAACCCAGCAAAGUGCUUCGUGAGAGGGAUUCAAAUAUUUGACAAUUCACCACUUGGAGCAGUCCCUCCCGCCAUGAAAGUGAGAUUACUGCAGUCAUUAAGCAAUACUUUGGGAAUGAGAAUUACAAGCUCAACCUGUAUGACAACGGGAUUGGAUAUUCUGAAGCAAGAAGGGAUUACAGAUUUAAGCAAGUGGAAUUGCUUGUUGAUUACAGUGGCUUGGGGUUUCUUGUUUCGGAUUUUGUUUUACUUCUCUUUGUUAUUGGGAAGCAAAAACAAAAGAUCAUGAAAAACCCGGAUGAUUGUUUUUAACAAGCUUAAGGUUGGGAUUUAGCAGAAAAAUGUUGCUGUAAUUUGUGUGCAUCUUUAUUUUAUUUGAUUUUUACUGUCGGUAAAGCUUAGAUUGAAGUGCAAAACCUUUUCAUAUCUGGAAAAUAAUUCAUUUUCCAUUUCUUAAA